UCUUCUAAGUAACCCCCAUCCCACCCUCUACCUCUGUCCUCCACAGAGACCUGUGCUGUCAACAAUGGAGGCUGCGACAGUAAAUGCCACGACGCAGCCACGGGCGUCCACUGUAGCUGUCCUGUGGGCUUCAUGCUACAGCCAGACCGGAAGACCUGCAAAGACAUAGACGAGUGCCGGCUGAACAACGGGGGCUGCGACCAUCUUUGCCGCAACACAGUGGGCAGCUUCGAAUGCAGCUGCAAGAAGGGCUACAAGCUGCUCAUCAAUGAGAGGAACUGCCAGGAUAUAGAUGAGUGCUCCUUUGAUCGAACCUGUGACCACAUUUGUGUGAACACGCCAGGAAGCUUCCAGUGUCUCUGUCAUCGUGGCUACCUGCUAUAUGGUGUCACCCACUGUGGUGAUGUGGACGAGUGCAGCAUCAACCGGGGAGGCUGCCGCUUUGGUUGCAUCAACACCCCUGGCAGCUACCAGUGUACCUGUCCAGCCGGCCAGGGCCGCCUGCACUGGAAUGGCAAAGAUUGUACAGAGCCAGUGAAGUGUCAGGGAAACCCUGGAGCCUCAAAGGCCAUGCUCAGCUGCAAUCGAUCUGGCAAGAAGGACACCUGUGCCCUGACCUGCCCCUCUCGGGCGCGGUUUUUGCCAGAGUCUGAGAAUGGCUUCACAGUGAGCUGUGGCACCCCGAGUCCUAAGGCUGCCCCAGCCCGAGCCGGCCACCCCGGGAAUAGCACCAGUUCCAGCCACUGCCAUGAGGCUGCAGCCCUGUCGGUUAAACAGCGGGCCUCCUUCAAGAUCAAGGACGCCAAGUGCCGUUUACACCUGCGAAACAAAGGCAAACCCGAGGAGGCCAGCAGAGUCCCAGGGCCAGGUGGCGCCCCCUGCUCUGACUGCCAGGUUACUUUCAUCCAUCUCAAGUGUGACUCCUCUCGGAAGGGCAAGGGCCGGAGGGCUCGGACCCCUCCAGGCAAGGAGGUCACCCGACUCACCCUGGAACUGGAGGCAGAAGUGAGAGCUGAAGAAACCACAGCCAGCUGCGGGUUGCCCUGCCUCCGCCAGCGGAUGGAACGGCGACUGAAAGGAUCCCUGAAGAUGCUCAGAAAGUCCAUCAACCAGGACCGCUUCCUGCUGCGCCUGGCUGGCCUUGACUACGAACUAGCCCACAAGCCCAGCCUGGCAGCCGGAGAGCGCGCAGAGCCAGCGGAGGCCUGCAGGCCCGGGCAGCACCGCGCUGGGGCCAAGUGUGUCAGCUGCCCGCAGGGAACGUAUUACCACGGCCAGACGGAGCAGUGUGUGCCAUGCCCAGCGGGCACCUUCCAGGAGAGAGAAGGGCAGCUCUCCUGCGACCUUUGCCCUGGGAGUGAUGCCCACGGGCCUCUUGGAGCCACCAACAUCACCACGUGUGCAGGUCAGUGCCCACCUGGCCAACACUCUGCAGAUGGGUUCAAGCCCUGCCAGCCAUGCCCACGGGGCACCUACCAACCUGAAGCAGGCCGGACCCUGUGUUUCCCAUGUGGGGGCGGCCUCACCACCAAGCAUGAGGGGGCUGUCUCCUUCCAAGACUGUGAUACCAAAGUCCAGUGCUCUCCAGGGCACUACUACAACACCAGCAUCCAUCGGUGUAUCCGUUGUGCCAUGGGCUCCUACCAGCCAGACUUCCGUCAGAACUUCUGCACUCGCUGUCCUGGAAAUACAAGCACUGACUUUGAUGGAUCCACCAGCGUGGCCCAGUGCAAGAAUCGCCAGUGUGGUGGGGAGCUAGGUGAGUUCACUGGCUAUAUCGAGUCUCCCAACUACCCGGGCAACUACCCAGCCGGCGUGGAGUGCAUCUGGAACAUCAACCCCCCACCCAAGCGCAAGAUUCUUAUCGUGGUACCCGAGAUCUUCCUGCCAUCUGAGGAUGAGUGUGGGGACGUCCUCGUCAUGAGAAAGAACUCCUCCCCAUCCUCCAUCACCACAUAUGAGACCUGCCAGACCUACGAGCGGCCCAUCGCCUUCACUGCCCGUUCCCGGAAACUCUGGAUUAACUUCAAGACGAGUGAGGCCAACAGUGCCCGUGGCUUCCAGAUCCCUUAUGUGACCUAUGACGAGGACUAUGAGCAGCUGGUAGAAGACAUUGUGCGGGAUGGCCGGCUCUAUGCCUCUGAAAACCACCAGGAGAUCUUAAAGGACAAGAAGCUAAUCAAGGCCUUCUUUGAGGUGCUGGCCCAUCCCCAGAACUACUUCAAGUACACAGAGAAACACAAGGAGAUGUUGCCAAAAUCCUUCAUCAAGCUUCUCCGGUCCAAAGUUUCCAGCUUCCUGAGGCCCUACAAAUAGUGCCCACAGCCCAAGGACUCAGGUUUUGGAGUCCCCAGACUCCUCAGCCCUCAGAGCUGGCAGCCCCCAACCUUAGACAAGGAACUCUCUCCUCUCUUUGGAGGAAAACUAUCACUACACAGACCAGGCACUCUCCCUUUUUGUCUUUCUCACUUCCUUCUCUCUUCCUCCCUGACUCUCU